AUGUUUCCAGGGCUGCAUCCUCUGAGGUACAAGGACCUACCAACUUCAGAAUUUGGGCCAUUAGAGAGUGUUCUCAAGCUCUACAGUGAAGUUGUCAACAUUCGAACAUCUUCCGCUGUUAUCAUCAACUCAGCGAGCUGUCUGGAGAGCUCUUCUUUGGCAUGGUUGCAACAAGAACUUCAAGUUCCAGUUUACUCUAUAGGCCCACUCCACCUUGCAGCCUCUGCGUCUUCUAGCUUAGUUGAAGAAGACAGAAGCUGCAUCCAGUGGCUGAACAAGCAAAAAACGAGAUCAGUGAUAUACAUAAGCUUGGGAAGCUUAGCUCUAAUGGAAACCAAAGACGUUUUGGAGAUGGCUUGGGGAUUAAGUAACAGCAACCAACCGUUCUUGUGGGUGAUCCGUCCUGGUUCUAUUCCGGCCUCGGAAUGGACAGAGUCCUUACCGGAGGAGUUUAGCAAGUUGGUUUCAGAGAGAGGUUACAUUGUGAAAUGGGCUCCACAGAUGGAAGUUCUCAGUCAUCCUGCAGUUGGAGGGUUUUGGAGUCACUGUGGAUGGAACUCGACGCUUGAGAGCAUCGGGGAAGGUGUUCCGAUGAUAUGCAGACCUUUUACCGGCGAUCAGAAAGUCAAUGCGAGGUACUUGGAGAGUGUUUGGAGAGUUGGUGUUCAAUUGGAGGGAGAGCUGGAGAAAGGGAGUGUGGAGAGAGCUGUGAAGAGGUUGAUUGGAGAUGAAGAAGGAGCAGAAAUGAGGAAGAGAGCCAUCAAACUGAAAGAGAAGCUUGAAGCCUCUGUGACAAGUGGAGGUUCCUCAUGCAGCUCACUAGAGGACUUUGUCAGUUCUUUGAAAAUGAAGAAUUGUAUGUAA